CCUUGCUUUUCCAACAUGGCGACCAGUGCUGUGAGUACCACAGACCGCUUUUAUUUCACCAAAGAACAAUUGGAAAAUACGCCGUCCCGAAAAAAUGGAGUCGAUCCAGAGAAAGAGCAGAGUUACAGGCAACAGGCAGCAACGCUUAUCCAAGAUAUGGGACAACGUCUCUCAGUGAGCCAGCUGACUAUAAACACAGCCAUCGUUUACAUGCACAGAUUUUAUAUGUUCCAUUCGUUUAACAAAUUCCAUCGAAACGCCUUGGCACCCUGUUGUUUGUUCUUAGCUGCAAAAAUUGAGGAACAACCACGGAAAUUGGAGCAUGUAAUAAAGGUGGCUCAUGCCUGCCUGCACAGAGAUGGUCCACCUUUGGACCCAAAGAGUGAGGAAUACCUGCAACAGGCUCAGGAUAUGAUUGAAAAUGAAGCCAUUUUGUUACAAACACUAGGAUUUGAGAUCACUGUUAGCCAUCCACACACUUAUGUAGUCAAGUGUAUUCAGCUGGUGAGAGCCAGCAAGGACCUUGGCCAGACAUCGUACUUCAUGGCCACAAACAGUCUUCAUCUCACAACUUUAUGUCUGCAGUACAAACCACCUGUAGUUGCCUGUGCAUGUAUUCACCUUGCAUCAAAGUGGUCUAAUUGGGAGAUUCCAAGAUCAAAUGAUGGAAAGGACUGGUGGGAAUACAUUGAUCCAACGGUCAACAAAACAAUGUUAGAUGAAAUUGCACAAGAUUUUCUGAAAGUGAUGGAAAAGUGCCCCAACAGACUUAAAAGAAAGAUCAGUUCCGUUGCCAACUUGAAGGGUGUGUCUCACAGUAAGGUGUCCAAAGGAGAGUCAAGUAAAAUAAGUAGCACAGCGAGCAGCAGUUCGGGUGCAUCUUCAUUAGCCACGUCUCAUAACAGCAUUGACGGAGCCCAUAAUGGCUAUUCUUAUAGCGAUGAGGUAAAGUUAAAAAAUGAUCUCGAUGGCAAAUCAUCGCAAAAGCAAAAGACUGAGAAAGAUAAGGAAAGAGAGAAGGAGAAACGGAAGGAAUCGGGUAAACUCAAAGCGUUGCCUGUCUCUUCGACUGUGACCACGUCAAGUGCGGCUAGCUCUUCAGCUUCUUCAACAACGAUGCCGCCCAGCUUACCGCCGCUUCCACCUCUAACGUCCAAAUAUGCAACAGUAACGACAACUGGUCAGAUGUCAGGUAGUGAAUUCAAGACGACAACAUCUACGGCUCAUUCAACUUCAGGAGCCUUAUUAUCUACAAAGGAUUCGUCGCGCAAACAUAAGCAUCAUCAUCAUCACCUUCAGGAUGACGGAACACCCGUCAAGAAACACAAAUCUUCUCAUUCGCAGCGCGCGCAUUCAUCGUCUCAUCGGAGGCCCAGCGGGUCUUCGCAGUCGUCUGACUCCUCUCCGUCUAAAAGUGUCAAGCAUUCUCAUCCUUCUGCUUCGUCGUCCUCUCAUCACAAAGGCGCCAGCUCCGGCUCAAGCCAUGCCAUCAAACUGCCACACCCACCUCACCAUUCUUCUUCUCAAGCUUCCCUAAGCUCUUCUCAUUCCUCUCAUUCCCAUUCUUCUUCCAAGAAACCCCACCCUUCAUCUCAACACGGUUCUUCAGGCCACAAGCCAUCGUCUCACCACGGGCACGGCCAUUCCUCGUCGCAUAAGCCGCCUGCUACUGUGGUGCAACCGCCUAAAAAACACUCCGUAAACCCUGCACCAAUGUUAACUUCUUCGUCCCAAGCAGUGGCUAAACCAAUGACACCCCCACCACCCCCUCCCCCGCCUCCGAUGGAAUUUAAUCUGCUCUCUUCAUUGAACACUCCAGUUGGUUUUCCAAGUGCGGAAAUGCAUCCUCCUUCGGCCGGCCAAUUUCCUGGUCAAUUCUUACCGUCUGGUUUUCCGCCUGGUUUGAUUCCCGGAGGAAUGAUACCAGGAGUAAUGCACGGAAUGGCUCCCCCUCCACCACCCCCAGAGCCUGAACCAUCAUCGCCCCCACCACCACCCCCUCCACCUAUGCCGUGACAUCUUAGAAUAGUCGAAAAAAGUUAUUUGAAAAAGUCUAAUUCUUGCCGUUUCAUGGGAUAAGAAUUAGUUUUCAUUCAGACUCAAGCUUUUCCGGAGUGGCUUAUUUUAAAUCAAAGAGUUCAUCGACCGUGAUAAUUUGUAGGAGGCUCUUCCCAAUAUAUAGUGCUUACACCCUUUUGGUGCAAUGAAUUCACCUUUUUGUGCCUCCAAAUUGGUUUCUUCGAAAUUUUAUCCCAUUGACUGUACAGUAAUAUUUUUGGCUAAGCUGCACGAACGUCCAUAAAUGUGUCUUAGUUGCAAGUACUCUGGAAGUCCUCGUUUGGGAGAACGUCGAAUCAUUUUAGGCGUAAAGUGAGAGCCAUUGAAUCAAAAUACAAAGAUAGCUGAUUCAGAUCUUGAACAUUUAAAGAUUGAAUUAAAAGUUUACAAGACAGGAAAGUGCACGUAAGAGAUGUACAUUAAUUAAUUUGGUGCAAACUACACAAUUUUCUUUUCUUUUUUUUUAUUAGGUUUGCUGUUAAUGUUAGAAAUUAUAUUGAUCAAGGGUAA